AUGCUGAUUGAUCGGAAUGGAGCCGCGCUGAUUGAGAGUGCUCUAUGCUGCCAGAGAAGACCAGCUUGUGACAGUUCUGUUUAUCCAGAGGCAGAAUGGACCAUCUUACCCAUUGUCAGUUUCAACAAAGAACCUAUAUUGCCUAAGGAAACAGUGUUUCCUCUUACAAGGUACAAUCUAGGCUCCUCUGUCAUGAGGACUGCUCUUGGAAAUGCACUCCAGAGACUUUCCUAUUUAACCAAGAUACCAAUUGCAUUUCUACAUAAUUCCCCUGCUGAGGCUCUAUGAAAGGAAUGAUUUGGGAUAGAUACAGCAAGAUAUUAGGACAAAUUUUCCCUAUUCUUCAUGCUGCACAAUACAGAAGUGAACUUGAUUUCAAAAAAGACCCAGUGCUUUUCUAACCACUUUUACUCAUAAUGCUUUCAAAUCACUGUCUUUAAUUCAAAUUGUGCAGAGAAACAGGGAAAUGAAAAAAAUGAUAAAGUGGCUAGUAAAAAGUAAAAUGACAUUUAAUUAAAACUAAGCUUGCAAUUUCAUGGGGAAAAAAAUAUAUUUUGCUAGAAACAAACCAAGAAACAAAACCUUUGUGAUUAAACCUCAGGGCAGCAUCACUGUCCUCUUAUGGUUUUGUAUUUAAUUUGUACAUUGACAGUAGAUAUUUGUGAUAUUGUUAACAAUCGCUGUACUAAAUUGUAAACUCAGCAUUGUGCAUCAUUUUAACCUUGUUUAGUCACAAGGCUUUCAUUUUCUUUCUGUACUUUUGUUAAGCUUGUUUCUGAGUGUGGUUUAUUCACAUAAGCUUUCAAUUUUAAAUAACGUAAUCCAUUUAUUUCACUAGCAUCUUUAUUUGCUUAAAGUGAAAAAUCUCAUUGUGAUUGUGUUGUAAAUAAGUCAAUCCUUUCCUUCCCUUUAUAGGAAAAGCUGUGGAUGCUAAAAAAGAGAACUGAAAGAAAUAGAAAUUCUACUAGUCUUUUAUGAACUCAGUUAUUAGAGUAAGUAGAGCUAAACCUAUGGGUGAGAUGAAUUGAAGAAAAGAAAAUGGAAAAGGCAUUUUUAGAGCUUUUACUUUAAGUCACUCCAAUGUCCCCCUUCUCUACUUCUUUCCACUAAUUUGAUCCCACCCCUUCCCCACAGUCACAAUCAAAAGCACAAGAUAACUAAGAAGCUAAAAGGAAAAUAAGAAUAAGACUCUGUGUAAUUUUUCCACAGUAAUUUUAUAAAGUCAGGGUAGAAAGACUCUGCCUGGAGAACAUACUUUUACAUUUCUAAAAUUGUAGGAGUGAUCCUGAAAUCUCUGUAAUUACUUUUCUGCACUUUUUAUAAGAAUGGUGUAUGCAUGUAUACACUAUACUUUUUAAUACACAUUUUAAUAUACAUACAUAUG